AGUUGACUACGAGUCUCAUACGCGUCCUCUCUUUUUAACUCAUCGCAUACAAAGCGAAAUAGAGACGUUCAACCUGGACGGCGUCUUUAAUCAUGUGAGGCAGAUGAUUUACGGGAUUGGUUUUCGAGGCCUUUCUGGAAUUUGGACGUAUUUAAUCUUGCUGUUCUUGUGAUGCAAUUGCCUGCUGUCCACUAACAGCGUUCGAGUUGCCAUCGAGUCUCGGUCUUGGCACAGACUGUGUCCAAGCCGUUAAAGUGCACCAAAGCCCAUUCAGCUCGUUUACUACCUAAAACAAUGCUUUCCUUCUUUCAGAGACCCUCGUCGAGCAUAUACAUCCUUGCCUGCGUAUAUGCGUUUUCAACCAUUCGAAUAGCAGAUGCUCAAAUUCCAGACUUUCCAUCUUGCGCUAAUAGCUGUAUUCAAGCUUCCCUUCCGGCGACUGGAUGCACAACAGACGACACAAGCUGCUUAUGCACAAAUUCAACAUUUGCCUCUGCUGUACUUCAAUGCUCCGCGAUGAUCUGUACUGCAGAUGACCAGGCCACGGUGAAUAGUGAUUUGAACAGUCUCUGUGAUAUCGCCACCUCUUCCUCUGGGCUUCCAGGCACUUCGACCGGAACAUUUUCGGAAACAACAUCCGCCUCUUCUUCCGCUAUAACUACAACGGAAUCCGAUACUGGCGUGAUAACUCUCACAACGACUCUUCCCGGAGGUUCGUCCGUGACUGUGACUGCGACAUUCACGCUUUCUGCUACUCCAUCACCUCCAAUCUCAUUCACCUCUUCGGUUCCCGUCAUUGUGCCGUCUACUUUCUCAUCCGCUACUUCGAGUGCCAGUGGCAUUGUCACUAGCGUCCUCUCAUCCUCUGUUGCCUUUGUAACAAGCAGUCCAGUCCCCUCGCUAAGUAGUUCGAGUACUAGUACCAGUGCUACGAGGCCGGUCACUACUUUGACAAGUACAGCAGGGAACGGUGUAUCGACGGCACCGGCAGCUACAACUAGCAAUACAUCAGCAUCAUCGAACAGUGCAGCCUAUCCACCGUCAGCUAGCCGCGAUGCAGGUGCCAUGGUUAUUUUUACCUUCCUUGGGACUAUGGCGGUGCUCAUCAACAUGUUUUGAGGAUGGACAAAACGGUCAAUUGAAACUGGUCGGGAUGUCUUUGGCGUAUUCUCCGCUAUUCAAAUGAUCGGCAAUGAACAAUUGAUGGUCUUUCAUCCUACUCUGAUGUACAUGUGUAUUGUUCUCUUUAUCUAUUUUCCCAUUAGUGUCGUGCUAACUAUGUACGUUCGUUUAGUCUGUCUGAUUA